AUGGCAGAGUACCCCAAUUUAGAAUUAAAUUGUUAUUUUACGACCAUGUUAGCGGAGCCACCUUUAAUCCACCUUCCCUUUCCACCUACUAUCACUGCGCAUGAUAUCAUUAUAAGACGCCCACCGUCAAAAAUUCGGUCAAAGAGUCCAAAUGCUUUUUUUAUUUAUAGAAAAGCAUUUUUUGACCAACUUGCACUUUUAAAUCAACGAUUUCAAAUGACUUAUGUGUCCAAAUUAGUCAGCGAACAUUGGAAAAAUGAAUCUGAACAAGUUAAAAGUGCAUAUAAAAGGAUUGCGGAAGAGGUUGAAGAAAAAUUAAAUGAAGCUAGAAUAAAAUCCUUGGCCUACCCGGAUGCUUCACAAAAACAAAAUAAUAAUCAAAAGAACGCAAAGAAAACUCGAAAACGACGCAAUUGUAAUAAAAAUAAAGCUCAAGUGUCGAAUAUCGAUCAAAGUAAUCCACAAUUCUUACAACCACAAGUUUGUAACGCCAAUAACGAUCAAUCUAUGUUCGACAUGCAAUACUUCGACGGCCAAUAUUUUUACGAUGACAGAAUGUUCGAAAUUUUAUGUAAUGACACAUCAUGGUGGCAGCAAUAA